AUGGAGACGCAAGAUAGCCUCGACAUCGCCAAGCUGCAACGCGUCGCGUUGGGACUAGAGCACGAACCAUCGCAAUCGUUUCCAACCGACCAGGCAGGGAUUGACAGUGCCUCUCUCAAGGAUUCCCUCUGUCUCUACGACCUUCCUGCCAGUCGUUCUUAUGGUGACGCAUCGCCGACUUACCAAGGGUUCUCCUCCAUACCUCCGUCGAACCGUGCCAAGUCGGACCUCUCGCACCGCUCCUCCCACCCCUCUGCCGCAACACACCAUGAAAAAGCCUCAAUGAGCUACCAUAAUCCUGCGACUGCGUCGAGUGAAGUACAGCCUUUGCAAAGGUCACCGCCCGAGCAGAUGGAGUCUGCCGAAUGUGACCCCGGGGAUACCCAGGUCGUCUCGCAAUCGGUCUAUGACAGCAUUAUUCGGCAAAAUGGAGAAUCCAUGUAUCAGGAGUGUACGCAAAAUGGGGCCGAUGGUGCGACGCUCAUGACUCUACAUGAAGGCGACAGUGGUCAUCUCGAUCUUCUCGCCGAAUUCGACAGCGCACGCGAAAGGAACCAGUCACCGAACAACGACGACGAAAGUGUUUACGGACAGAGCCCAUCCUCCCCAAUUGCUGACCAUGGCCUCCAACCCGAGUUUUUCCCCGAAUCACAACGCUUCUUGACAGCCACGCCGGCGACCGCAAUCAAAAAGAACCAGACACCGGGCACCUCCCAGACCCCGAGUGUUUCCCGGAAUCCGUUACAGGGGGAUGUUGGAUCAAGUGGCGGUCUUCUGAUGGGCCUCAGCCAGGCCUUCAAGAAUACACAAGCUCCAUCCUCUCCGCUGGUCCACGGUCUGCAGUCGGAAUUGGCAUCAGACCGGCCGUCCCCCAAUAUCCCAAUUCAACAACGCAUUCACAACCCCAUCUCAUCGCCUCUCAUGAACUUCCCCGGACAUUUAGCACACGAGUCGUCUGAACCGAACCUGAAUUACAUUUCAUUGAAGGAGUCGCAAAAUAACCGUAACAAGACUUUGGGGAGGAGGUUGACGCGAUCUGAAGAAAAUCUACACUCGGGCGAUCAGAUUGAUCAGGAAUUCUACAAAGAACCAUCUUUCGUGGAAGCGGCGAGACGUCGGCGAGAAAUCGAUGAGGAAACAGCUGCACAAUUUCUUGCUCUGAAUUCUCCUGAACGCCCCGAAAGUAAUGCCUGUGAAUUAUCACCGGCCCACUCGAUCCAUAUACAUGAAGACGAGGCAAUCGGUAUGGAAGGUGCUGGGAGAGAAGACGGAAUGGAAGCUGCUGGGAGCGAAGAGGAAACGGAGCAGGAAGAGGACCAUGCUCCCCAGGUUCCUCAGUCGCAGGAGUCUGGUCCCAAUUCAUCUAUGGAAGAAGAUAAGGAAAAUUAUGUCGGUCCUCACGACGCAGUCGUUGCUACCAACAGCGCACAUGAUCGUCUCUCUCAGGCUCUUGGUAUAGACGGAAGUCAGUUGAGACUGGACCAUGAUGCGAACACGGCGCCUCAAGAACCCAGCGCUUUUGAUGACUCUCGCCCUGACGAGUUUGUGGCAAGGUCAUCUCAAGUAAUGGUGAAAGACUCUCAGCAGUCACCACAAGCUUCACCGCAACAUGGCAAUGCAAUCUUGGGACCACAGCCAGUAUUUGCUCCUAUGCAAAUCGACUCCCAUAUUCACGUCGCUCAAACGUCUCCCGUCCGACAAGACCAGCUUUCACCUCUUGGCUCACGACCGGGGAUGAGGGAUUCUCAGCACCCUCAAGAAAACCUACAACACCAGCAAAUUCCACAGUCUUCAGACCAUGUUGAUCCUAGAAACAUGAACGGACAUUCGACUAGUCAGAGUAGAACUGUCGACUCCAGCAAUUCCUUCAGCCGACCUCAACCUGCCGGAUCAUUACAUCGCAGGACUGAAUCAGGCCAGGGGGAGAAAUCAUCGUCACUGCCUUCUCAAAUUAAGGAGACUCCAAUCCAUUUGCGGCAAAGCCCCGAACGUGUGGGAUCAAGCAGAUGGGAGGGCGAGUCAAAUGCCGAUGCCACGAACGAAGAUGAUGAUGAUCUUCCUCCUAUGUUCCCGGCCGGCCAUGGCCCUCGUUUCAGUCAGCAACAGCGCCCAUCUCAAACCCGAGCACAAUCUUCGCCAAUAAAAGCCAAGCCGCCGAUAUUGUCAAGCCCGAGUGGACGACAACGCCGAAGAUUGACUGACAUCGCCUCGGAUACAUCCCCUCAAGUUAAUGCCAAAAUGGGCGAUAUCGAUAUGAGUUUUUUCGCAAAUGACCCUGAUUUCAACGCAUUGAUACAAGGGUCACCCACUCGCCCGAGAAAAAGGCGCUGCGGAAAUUUAGGACAGACGUUUCAUACAAUACCCGACACUGCCAUUCCUUCUACCCCUCGUACUCAGCCUCCCAAGACAAUCGAACCUAUUCGCGAGGUCUCUAGUCCUGCACAGGCAUAUGCAAACCACUCUUCGCCCGGAAUUCGCGUUCCUAUAACCACCAGUCGCAGGCAGUCUGGGCUCUCUCGGCGUACGGAUGAGAGUGUAUGGGAAAUCGAGAACUCUCCCCAGCAAGUCAUUCGCCGCAGAUCAAGGUCAGCUCGUCAACCCGCUUGUUCUGGUCGCCGACUACGGACCCCACAGCCUAUUCCAGAACAGCCUCAGGAUGAGCAGCCUCGGGAUGAACAGCCGGAUCCACCAGCCGCCGUCAAUGAAGCGCCUGAAACAGCUGAUGUUGAGGAAGCUCCUGUCAAGGUACCGGCUUCUGAACCAACAGCUCCUCCCGCACCAACCCCAUCCGAGCCACCCCCGUCAUCUGAACUCAUGGAAAUGGAAAAUGGCUCUGAAGACUUGUUGCCAUCAGGCAAUUUGCCCGCGAGCACUCCUACCUCGCCUCAACUACCCGUGGCUGUCUAUGACGACCGUCAGAUCGCCCCCAGUCAAAUACUCGCUUUAUGGAUGGGCCAAAAGCGAGCCUAUUAUCCAGGAACUUGCUUUGGAACACCGCUUGGAUGCUCAGCAACUAAAUACUCUGUUAAAUUCGAGGACAGUCCGCCUGUUGAAGUUAAUAGGGGUGCAGUGAAGAGGCUGGAACUUCGAAUCGGAGAUGGUGUCAAAGUCGACAUGCCUGGUGUUCCCAAGGUUACGCACAUUGUCCGUGGGUUUGAGGAUAAACUCACUCGUGACGAGCUGGGUGACGCUGCAGACCGUGGUGUUUAUCCCCAAACUGACGUUUUUGGCUACUCAACCCUUAUUCUCGGUCCGAAACAGCGCAAGAGUCUUCCCAAUGGCGGCCUGAAUAACAGUGACAAUAUUAUCAGGGUCCCCGUUGGCCGCAUAUACUUUGAUAUGAUCCUAUGGAAUCAACUCAAGGACCGAGCAUUUACAUACCAACCCGAACCUGCGUCUGUCCGUGAAAGCGUGCCUCAGACACCCUCUCAGAAAUCGUCUCUCCCCGCAUCCCCGAGCGCCAGAUUUUCACGCAGUUUCCAAGGCGUUGGUCUUUUUUCCAACAUGGCAUUUGCUGUUUCAUACAAGGAAGAUGACGGAUCAAAGAACCGCGUUACAACGCUCAUCAAAGAAAAUGGUGGGUCCAUCUUGGAGAACGGUUUCACCGAACUUUUUGAGUCUUCCUCUGUCCUGCCCAUAUCAACUCCAACCAAGGGCCAGUCCAAGGAGCGAAGAAUUCGCCCUGGACUCCAUCUCACCGAUUUGGCUGAAAAUGUCGGUUUCGCCUGCCUGAUAGCCGACACGCAUUCGCGCCGUGAGAAGUACAUGCAGGCACUAGCACUUAACCUACCUUGUCUUUCAGGACGGUGGAUCGAGGACUGUGUGGCCAAGGGUCGUGUCCUAAAUUGGGACAUCUACCUCCUCCCUGCAGGAGACUCUAUGUAUCUCAAUGGCGCCACGAAAUCGCGAGUGAUGACCCCAACUCCGCCAUCCGAAGCACGCCUAGUUCGCACAAUCUCCACACGACCAAGGCUGCUUGCCGGAAACUCAGUCCUCAUCGUCAUGGGUCGCGGCAAAGCCGAAGAAAAGCGCAAGGCUUACGUCUUUCUCACAUUUGCGUUGGGCGCCUCCCGAGUUGAGCGUGUUCCCGAUUUGGAGACGGCUCGCGCAAUGAUGGAUUCGCAGUUCGAGUCCGGUCUUCCUUGUACCUGGGACUUCAUUUAUGUCGAUGAUGCCGACCAGGAUGCUGCCCGGGAGAUGUUGGCACCUCGGCCAAAGAUGCAAAGGAUUCACUUGGUACAUGGGAAGAAACGGAAGAAGUCUGCCACCUGGACCUUGGAUAACUCCGACACAAAUACCACCGCAAGAGUUGUCGGAAACGAGUUCGUCUGUCAGAGCUUAAUUCUGGGUCGACUAUUUGAGGAGUGA